AUGAGUGAAUACAACAUUCGUCAGUCGUCUUCCCUGUGACUGAUCAUGUAGAGCGUUGCGCGCCACUCCCACUGACCUCCGCUCGUUGCGCCCGCGUCUACUUUCCCUCGCCCAGGCCAAGUCGGCUCUGCCAACACCCUUGGUGAGUGUGUCGUUGUCUCCGUUGUGUGAAGUGUUUGAAACACGGGCCAAUCGUAGACAUCGCCCCCUGCCACAGAGUACCGCGUCUUCACGGAAAAGGAUGGCAAGGUCAUCUCGCCUUUCCACGACAUUCCCCUCUUUGCCGACGAGGCCAAGACUGUGAGCAGCUUCCCGGCUAUAUAUCUUUGAGUCAAUACAUGCAAGCUUACUUCUUCGGCCCGCAUCACCACGCAGGUCCUCAACAUGAUCGUCGAGAUCCCCCGCUGGACCAACGCCAAGCUCGUCAGUGCCCCCGCUCUUCCGCUUCCCAGAAACGUCCGCUGACCCCACCCUGUACUAUUCACCUGCCAACAGGAAGUCAGCAAGGAGGAGACCUUCAACCCGAUCCGCCAGGACACCAAGAAGGGCAAGCUGCGCUUUGUGCGCAACUGUUUCCCCCACAAGGGUCGGUCGAUUAUGCACGUGCAGCGCACUCCAUCUUGCUGACCCCCUGCCCUGAUCGACCCAUAACAGGUUACAUCUACAACUACGGGUACGCCACUCGGUAUGCUUACCUCUCGAUCCAUUGACUGAUCAACGCCUCCUACUCUUCCCACAGUGCUUUCCCCCAAACCUGGGAGGACCCCAACCAGAUGCACUCCGAGACCAAGGCCAACGGUGACAACGACCCCGUCGACGUCUGCGAGAUCGGUGAGGCCAUCGGCUACACCGGCCAGGUCAAGCAGGUCAAGGUGCUCGGCAUCAUGGCCUUGCUCGACGAGGGCGAGACCGACUGGAAGGUCAUCGUCGUUGACGUCAACGACCCGCUCGCCGGCAAGCUCAACGACAUCGAGGAUGUCGAGAGGCACCUGCCCGGCUUGAUCCGCGCCACCAACGAGUGGUUCCGGUGAGUACUGGAACAACGUUCCAGGAAGUUUGGCUCAUUUGAGCUGACGCCGGGACCGCGCCUCGCGACUCCUUCUUCUUUCCCAGCAUCUACAAAAUCCCCGACGGAAAGCCCGAGAACCAGUUCGCCUUCUCCGGCGAGGCCAAGAACAAGCGCUACGCGACCGAGAUCAUUCUCGAGUGCCACGAGGCGUGGAAGCGCCUCAUCUCGGGCCAUACCAAGUCCGACAUCGCCAUGUAAGCCCCGUGUUCCGCGCGCUUCUCGUCCAAACUUCAGGUCCCUGACCAAGGCGAUCUUCCCGUGACUCAGUACCAACUUGACCCAAGAUGGUACGCCCGGCAAGGUCUCGACCUCGGAUGCGGCCUACACCUCGCUCCCCGCCGACUCGAGGGCCGCACCCGCGCCUAUCGACCCCUCGAUCAACAAGACCUUCUUCAUCUCUGGUAUGUUUACGCGGAAGCUCAGCACAGGGCAGUAUAGGCGAGGUAGCUGACGAUCUAUACACUUCCUGUGUGUAUUUUGUUUGCGGUCCAACAGGCCACGUGAGUGUUCUUUCUCCUCUGCCCGGCUCUUUACUUGCCAACUGACGUUUGAGUGCACAUGUGUGUGGCGUUGUAUCCCUCUCUCGUUGAACAGGCAGUCUAA